AUGGGCCUGAAAGUGAAGAACCAUCCUGAAAGUGAAGAACUGAUGGAGAUCAAUUUCUGGGACAAGAGCAGAUUGCGCAAAGCUUUCAAUGAAGGCCCACAGAGGGCUGUCGAAAACAGAGAAAUUCCCGUUCCACGACCUAAUGAGGUUCUGCUUAAAGUUCACUAUGUUGGUAUCUGUGGCUCAGACAUUCAUUUGUGGAAAAAAGGAGGUUUUGGAGAUUUUUUGGUGAAGGAAAACAUAGUUUUGGGCCAUGAAACAAGUGGAGUUGUAAUUAAAACAGGCGAUAAAGUCAAGCAUUUAAAACCAGGAGAUAAAGUAUGUGUAGAGCCCGGAGUUCCUUGCUCAAAAUGUGAAUUCUGUAAAAAAGGAAGGUAUAAUCUCUGCCCAACAACAAGAUAUGACGAUCCAACAGCAGAAUUCGGGUCGCUUUGCCGAUAUUACUGCCAAGAUGCCGAUUACUGCUUCAAGUUGCCAGACAACGUGAGUUUAGAGGAAGGUGCUUUAAUAGAACCCCUUUCAGUUGCUGUAUAUGCUUGCCGAAGAGCUGAAGUCUCUGCUGGAAAAACCAUUCUUAUAUGCGGAGCAGGACCCAUUGGAUUAAUGAAUCUUUUGACUUGCAAAGCUAUGGGAGCUUCUAAAAUUUGUAUGACAGACAUUAGUGAUGAACGAUUGGUCACUGCUAAAAAGCUUGGAGCUAUUUGUGGAAUGAACGUCAAGAAUAUUGAUAGUGAGCAAACUAUGGAAUGUAUUCACAAAUGUUUGGGUGGUCCACCUGACAUUACUAUGGAAUGCAGUGGAGCAGAAUCCAGCAUCAAUUUUGGUCUUAAAGUAACUAAACCUGGAGGAGUAUUAUUGAUGGUUGGAGUAGGCCCUCCCAGAAUCAGUUUGAACUUGGUCGACUCAUCAUUUCGUGAAGUCGACAUUCGUGGAGUUUACCGUUACGUGAAUUGUUUUCCUGUGGCUCUGGAGCUGGUCUCGAGCGGAGCUAUAGAUUUGAAAACUCUGAUCACCCAUCGGUACAAAUUAGAAGACGCUCUAAAGGCUUUUGAGACAUUUCUAACUGCAAAAGAUGGUGCCAUCAAAGUUCUCAUUAAGUGCUCUAAGUGACAAUGCGAUACCGUUAAUUAUCUCAAUGACGACUGUGCCAUCAAAAUUCUCAUUAAGUGCUGAAAGUAAUAAUGCGAUACCGUUAAUUAUCACGAUGAAGACUGUGCCAUCAAAUUUCUCAUUAAGUGCUGAAAGUAAUAAUGCGAUACCGUUAAUUAUCCCAAUGAAGACUGUGCCAUCAAAAUUCUCAUUAAGUGCUGAAAGUAAUAAUGCGAUACCGUAAAUUAUCACGAUGAAGACUGUGCCUUUACAAUUUUCAUUAAGUGCUCUAAGUAAUUGAGAGAAACCUCUGAUGAUCACAUUGAAGAAAAAUGUUUACAUCGUAUUGAUAAUACUGACUUUAGUUAAAAUCUUCAUUUGUCACUUCGGUCACUAAUCCAAUAGUCACAUAAAUCACUUCGGUCUUGCAAUCUUUAUUUUGUACCUUUUGGCAAUGUUUAGAUAUAAAUAAAUUUCUAUAUUUAUUGCAAUAAACCCUGUAUGCUAUA